GGGCGGGGUGAAUGCGGUAGGGGGCGGAGAGAGAGAUUGACGAUAACACUCUUCUGUAGCGUUCCCUCUCUUCUCAUAAUCUCGAGUUAGUUUAUGUUUUUUUCUGUUUAUUAUUUUUCAGUCAGCAGGUCAUUGCAUGCAGGCGGACGGAGUGGCUGAGUCCUGCGCUGUCAGAGGGGGAGAUUGGAGUGGUUGUCUCUUGCUACUACGCUCUUUCUAUUUCUCUCUCUUGCUUGUGUUCUGCAUGCUACCAUCGGAAUAACAUUCCUGCAGCUCUGGAUUAUCUGCCUAAAACACAGAAUUACACUUUUACACACACACCUGGGAAAUCUCUGGAUACCGUAAAUAGAAGGAGAGAGGCUUCUGUUUCCCUUCGCGGGCGACCUCUUCUCCCCUCGCCAUGAACAAGAUGAAGAACUUUAAGCGACGUUUCUCUCUGUCUGUCCCUCGCACUGAGACCAUCGAGGAAAACGAGUUCACUGAGCAAAUCAACCAGCUCAACAUCCAACACACUCAGGCACUGACUCCAGACAGCCUGACUCUGCCGUCACUGCACCCUGAGGCCAGUCCCAGUCCAGUGAGCCCUGAGCCAGUCGUACCUGGAGCACAGUCCCCCUCCCAGCUCCAGUACCGCAGCAAAGCACCACACCGACGCUUCUCUAUGGAAGACGUGAGUAAGCGUAUGUCUCUGCCCAUGGACAUCCGCCUUCCUCCGGAGUUCCUCAAGAAGCUGCAGAUGGAGAGAGAGAUGGAGAGUGAGAACAACUCUCCUCCCUGCAAACCCCUCAGCCGCAUGUCUCGACGGGCUUCACUGUCUGACAUUGGCUUUGGAAAGCUGGAGACGUACGUGAAACUGGGCAAACUGGGAGAGGGGACGUAUGCCACCGUUUUUAAGGGUCGGAGCAAACUGACAGAGAACCUGGUGGCGCUGAAAGAGAUUAGGCUAGAGCACGAGGAGGGAGCGCCCUGUACAGCUAUCAGAGAAGUGUCUCUACUGAAGAACCUAAAACACGCCAACAUUGUCACACUGCAUGACAUCAUACACACAGAUCGCUCCCUCACUCUUGUCUUUGAGUACCUGGACAGUGAUCUGAAACAGUACCUGGACAACUGUGGAAACCUGAUGAGCAUGAACAACGUCAAGAUCUUUAUGUUCCAGUUGUUACGUGGUCUGUCCUACUGCCAUAAGAGGAAGAUCCUUCACAGAGACCUCAAACCUCAGAAUCUGCUCAUCAACGACAAGGGAGAGCUCAAACUAGCUGACUUUGGUCUGGCACGGGCCAAGUCUGUCCCCACUAAGACCUACUCCAACGAAGUGGUGACUCUAUGGUACCGCCCCCCUGAAGUACUUCUGGGUACCACAGAGUACUCUACACCCAUCGACAUGUGGGGCGUGGGCUGUAUUCUAUUUGAGAUGGCGACAGGUCGUCCCAUGUUCCCCGGCUCCUCAGUGAAAGAGGAGCUGCACUUAGUCUUCAGAAUCAUUGGUACCCCAAAAGAAGACAGCUGGCCAGGUAUCUCCAAUAAUGAUGAGUUCAGAUCCUACAUGUUCCCCGAGUACAGACCUCAGCCACUCAUCAACCACGUGCCUAGGCUGGAUACUGAGGGGAUUGACAUGCUAACUGCUUUACUCCUGUAUGACACUAGGACCAGAGUCUCAGCUGAAGCAUCUCUUAGACACACCUACUUCCUCACCCUGGGAGAGAACAUCCACAGCCUUGCAGACACCUCCUCUGUGUUUUCUCUCAGAGAAAUUAAACUACAGAAAGACCCAGGCCACCGCAGCUCAGUGUUCCAGCCUCCAGGUCGGGGGAAGAACAGAAGGCAGAGCAUAUUCUAAAGGACGACCAGCCGAUGGAGUGCAGACAGGGCGAGAGAAACCCUCAAGGAGGAAUCGGCUUUGAAGACAAACACACUCCAAUCCCUCAUACAAACAGAAAUACAAAUGCAAACACAAACAUCCAGGUCACAUCAGUCUAACCUAAAAGGUAUUUCCUGGUUAAAUAAAGGUUCAAGUUAAAUUUACACACACACACACACAUCUAAUCCUCUCCAUCCCCACAACAGAGGAUGGAUACAGACAGGGUUUCUGAGAAUAAACUAGCACUACACCUCAAACGUCUUGGAGCCGAGUUCCCUCUAUAUGAGCAUUCUACUGUCAUGAUUCUGGGACUGACCAGGAAGUAUCUCCCAUUCUCCUACCCAAUCCCCUUCCUACUCAGCCCCCGGCAGACACCCAAGCUAACCAAUCACUCUGCAUGUUUCAAUGAUCUCCACUUCUCCCUUUCCCUUCCUCCUCUCCUUCUGUUCAUGUCCCCUUGUAAUAAAAUAACACAGAGUUAGCACCUUGCAACACAACCACCAUCUGAGACCAAAACUCUAAAUCUAAACUAAAUCUGAAUGGUUGGGCAAACCUGCCUCUACAUAACCACCCCUUGAUUUCACCUAGUGGGGAUUUCAUUCAAAUCAGUAUUACAGUUUUUGAAAUGGCCUUAGUAAAAUGUGCUUGAGAUUUCUUUCUUCAAAAUAUGAUAUAAAGAAACCUAUGGGCAUUUGCUUUGCAUUAGUGAAUAACACACGUUUAGUGUUCGUAUCACUGAGUCUCCUAUUUGCACAAGCCUGAAAUCACCUCUGAAGAGUGUUCCUGGACUGGCUCUAGAUUAAGAUGAAGAAGGAUCAGACAAAGACCAUUACAUAAUAAACCCGGAAUUGCAAAUGGAAACUGACUAUUCCAAUUGGUUUAUUCACUUCCAUUCACUGGAGCACAAAUUCUGAUCUCCCCACUUCUCUCUGAAGUGUGCAGUUGUCCCCCCCCCCCCCCCCAUAUGAAAUGGGCUUGGGAACUCCAAUUGGCUCCCAGAGCAGAUAUAGGAUAUAGGAUCACUGUCUAAUCUGUCUCCAUUUUAUGCUUGGACCGAGCCUCUCUUCUAACAGUCUCACCUUACCUCUCACCUACCUCUCUCCUAACCUAGGGUGCAUCUAGUCUUGAGGGGGUUCCUCUUCUCCUCUCAUUCAUCUAAACUGCUAUAAAAAAAGACAGGGUCACUGAAAAGCAAUUUGGGGUAAGCCUACUAGGAUUCAAUCUGUUUACACCUCUGUGUGUCCAGCGCAUUUCUAUCUGAUGAAAGAAAGGGAACAAGGAGAGGGAGCCACUAUAGACUACUCAGAUGCAGUUCUCUCUACCCCACACUGGAGACAAUGCCAAUAAUCUUCUAGAGAUAACUUUCCUUGUCUCCUUUACUUCCUCACCACCUAACUGAAAAAAACAGACAGGUAAAAGCAAUAUGGUGGACACUUCUCCAGUCCUAUCAGUGGCCAUGAAGGAAAUAAGGUAAGGAUGGGAAGCCAAAAGCAUUGGGACCCACUGGGAGAGAUGGUGAUCUGUGUAUUACACUUUAAAACUUCCCCUCUGUUUAUUUUAGCAACCUCUGGGGCAGAAGUAUUAUCCUACUGUAUAUGUUUUGCUGUGGUAAAUAAAGAUAUUUUAAAUAAUGUACUGUAAUGAAAAUAAAUCAUAUGUACCUUAAAGGCCCAGUGCAGUCAAAUGUGAUAUUCCUGUGUUUUAUGUAUAUUUCCACACUAUGAGGUUUGAGUAAUACUGUGAAAAUGAUGAUAAUGCCCUUUUGGUGUAAGAGCUGUUUGAAAAUACCACCCGUUUACUGCCAGGUGGUAAAUUAGUUAAUAGUCAAAUAAGAAAGAGAGUUCCAAACCUCUCUGGCAAUAACAGCGAGUUUUCAGUUUUCCCCUCAAUCAGACCACUCCCAUUUAGUCUUAGCAAAAUUAGACAUUUCUCUUCGCUAAGGAAGCUAUCUGGUUAUUUAGAUAUUAGUUUAUUUUAGACAAUUUGAAUAGACAGCAAUCACAGUAAGGUACUUAAUUGUAAACCAGAAAUGACUUGAUGUCUGAUAAAAAUAUCUGCAUUGGACCUUUAAGAGAUGUUUUUCUUCUUUCUCAGUGAAUUUUAUGCCAGAUGAUACAAGUGAUGACUGUAUUAAAUGACUGUAGAUGAUGUCUAAAUGUUUUAUAAAAGAUAAAGUAUAUUUAGAUUUUGUAUCAAAUGUGAUAUUCAAUAUUUUGUGUGAUUUAUCUACAGGACUAUUAUUAAAACAAGAGAAACUGAAUGUAUUGUGACUGCCAAGAAGCCAAAAGUGAUCAAAUAAUAAAUAACUGAUAAAUUAAUAAAUUAUAUCAUUCUGUAGCACAA